AUGACUGUCAUUGACCUUACCAACGAAAGCGAGGACGAGGUCGGGGUCGAGAUCGAGGUCGAGGGCGAGGAGCUUUCAUACUUUUGCUCUUGGUGUUAUGCAACCCUCCAAGAGAAUAUCUUGCUUUCUGGUUGUUCAUGCGUCAUUUGUCCGACAUGCUGCAACAACUACCGAGAAUACAACGGGACCGUCGAAGUGUACUGUUCUAAACAAAACCACUCGCGCCAUGGAGGUCAGCAGGUCCGAAAGAUCUACGAGUUGGCCUGCGCCAUUUGCCAAGAAGAUAGCCUACACAAGCCUCUACAAGCCAUUUCGUGCGGCUUACUUGGUUCCAAGGUCACGUAUUUCACAACGAAUGUCUUCAACCCCUUGGGCCAGAACUCGCAAAGAUGUGUCCUUACAGAUGUGGUAAAGGAAAAAGUUGCCUUGUGGCUCCUACCAGUCGGUUGGAGAAUCAUGAAGGCCGUAUAA